CUCGGAACCGGAAGCUGGCGCUGAAUUGUGAUAUCACUGCGCGACCUGAAGUGGGGGCGGAAGCAAGGGAAGAAUCCCGGCUAAGGGAUGCCCAAAAAGUUUCAGGGGGAAAACACCAAGUCUGCUGCUGCCCGUGCCAGAAGGGCAGAUGCAAAGGCUGUAGCUGAUGCAAAACGUCAGCAGGCUCUUGAAGAUGCAUAUUGGCAAGAUGAUGACAAACAUGCUGUGCGCAAGGAGCACAGGAAGGAGGAAAAGGAGAAACGUCGUCUGGAGCUGUUGGAAAGAAAAAAGGAAAGCCAGCGAAUGCUAGAUGAGGAAGAUGCCAAGCUAAAGAGUAAACAGGCAAAACCCAUACCUCCUGCUAAAGUGACCAGAGCUCAAAUAGAAGAAACGCUGAAGAAAGAUGAAACCCAGAAAGAAAAUGAUGAAAAGCCCAAGACUCACUUAGAAAUGCCGUUGGAAGAAAAUAUAAACCGUCGUAUAUUGGAGGAAGGUGAAGUGGAAGCACGUUCUGUAGAGGAGGCCAUUGCUGCACUAAGUGUUGGCAAGGAGCUUGACCGCCACCCUGAGCGUCGUAUGAAAGCUGCCUUUGCAGCCUAUGAGGAACAAAACUUGCCACGCCUUAAACAAGAAAAUCCUAAUAUGAGGUUAUCCCAGCUAAAACAACUUUUGAAGAAGGAAUGGAUGAAGUCUCCUGAGAACCCUUUGAACCAGCAGCAUGCCGCCUACAAUGUUUAAUAAAUGGUCCUAACUGAGAGCUGUAACUUUUCAACUCCUACUCCACAUUUUCAUUGAGAGGACCAUAGCUGGACAAACCUCUCUGGUCAGUCAGAGUAAAUGUACGGCUUGUAGGAUGCCUUCUGGUCCAGUGGGAAAACAUUAGUGCGUGCUGGGGAAUGGGUAAGGAUAUCCAAAAUACCAUAGCAUACACUCUGGAAAAACAAAGGUAAAACGUAUAAAAAGAGAGCGUGCCAAAUGGUGGACUGGUGAAGAAAGCAAAAAACUGAAUAGGAAUUUAAGUUGGUAAAAUAGCUUUUGACUUUUUUUAAAAAUGCUUCGCAAUGUUACUUUAUUUAAUGGCAGGCAGCCAUUGGCACCAAAAGAGUAAAAGGAACCAGAGUUAUCAUUGGCACGUAAAAGCAAAAUGAAAUAAAAAAAAAAAAGUAUUGUAUCUGUUUUAUUAAACUUCUACUAAAUAAACCCGAAAGUAGAAUACCGUA